AAAAAAUUCUGAAAUCUUUAGUAAACCAAUAGAAAAGGGUGAACGGUCUAAUGAUGAUUGGACGAAUCCACUAAAAUUUGCAUGAGCAUGAUUAUAUCUACUUUGGGCUCGGGCGUUUUCCAAGGAAACCCACUUUCCCAAAAGAAGGAACACUCAACCGAGUGGAAAAUAACUACAAGUCAACCUGUGUUACCCCACCGCCAGUUAGAGUGCAUUGCUCUUUUUUCUACUAUAUGUUGUGUGGAGAAAAUGGAUGAGCGUCCCCAGAAACAAGCCAAGAUCUUAAAAUCCACCUCGGAAGAAGUAAGCAGUAUCGAGUGGGAAUUCAUAAAGAUGACUGAACAAGAAGAAGAUCUUGUAUACAGAAUCUACAGAUUGGUUGGAGACAGAUUGGCUUCUAUAACAUGCAUAGACGUGGUCUUGUUUGUCUCUGUGGCCCUGCUCGGUUGCAUGCGUGAGAGAAAGAGAUGCUGAAGGAAGAGAAAGCCAGGAAAAUCAGGGCGUGCCGUUUGAUCCGGAGUGCAGAGGAGAGUAGAUGAAAACGUGAAGCUCGGGAAUAAUUGCAUGGAAGCACGCCGCUAGGCAACACGAUUUGACGGACUCAAUGGAGUAAUUUUCAGCCAACGUGCAGUACUUUCUCUGGAGUUUGCUUUAUAUGGAAAGAUCAGACAAUGAUCAGUUUUUCUUGGGGGACUAGAUAAACAUUACUCCUCGACAAAGAACAGGUUUCGGGCAAUGCGCAUAUUUUACAAUAUUGUUAAACCAUGGGAGAAACUAGGAACCGGAUAUACAAAAGUGUCCUCGUGCGCAUAUUUUAAUUCCUAAUGCUUAAAUCCUUCCCCCACCCCUUUUUAUUUUUUUGGUUAAUCAAUUUCUAAGGAGAGAGAGGAUCAAUUUACGAGGCAGGCAUUCUACCUUUGUUCUGCAUAUAAGCCGAGGACAUUCAUCAGCUUUAUGCAUUAUUGUAUGUCAACCGGAGGAAAUUCUGGAUUUGUCCCAAACAUGUAUAUAUCUCGUUUCUGUUCCCCUUUUCUCCUUACAUGUAUAUAUGUCUUCAUAAUCAAUGUCUGCUUGACCAAACUCCCACUGAUUUACCUGUACUUACUGCUGAGACAUAGACCCAUCAAAUUCCAAAUUUAUCAGACUAUUGGUUUAUCUUUUUUCUCAGAGCUUAUUGCUUCUCAGUUCGGACAUGAUUAAUUUCAAGGAGUCUUCUUUUCUUUGUUCAUGCUAAUUAACUCUACAUAAACAGGUGGGAUUUGAUAGCUGGAAGAAUUCCGGAGCGUACAGCAGAAGAAAUAGAGAGGUUUUGGAUAAUGAGGCAUGGUGAGAUGUUUGCUGAUAAAAGGAAUGAAGAG